GGUACCCCUGAUCGCUAUGAGUUCCGACUUGUAUGCGAAUGCUGUUCUCUACAGCGAAAUUUCACAAAGAAACCCGGAGUUGGUAUCGAAAAUGUUCAAUGAAGCAACACGGAAAAAGUUGGAUGCGUUUUUAAAAGACAAUGAAGCGCCAAAGCUCAAAGACAUCGUCACCGACAAUGUAUUCAAGAAGAGAAAGCGUAUAGCUUCUUCUUCCGGAAACGAGCCACCUGUUAAAAAAAUGGCAGCAAAGGACUCGUCUGACUCAGAUUCUUCAGACGAUGGAGCUGUGAAGAAGAAUGGUGUGCAAAAACCUGUCAAUGUUGCGGCCAAAAAAUCGGCGACUCCUGUUCAAAAGAAGGCUGAAUCUAGCAGCAGUUCGGAUAGUGAUGCUCCUGCCAAGAAAUUGACUCCAGUUAAGAAACCGGCCCAAACUCCUGCACAGAAGAAAGCUGCGUCAAGCUCUGAUAGCGAUAGCGAUGAUGAACCUCCGAAGAAAGCUCCAGCUGUUACAACCAAAGUUGCUCCAAAGCCAAUGGCAAAGAAGCAGGAUACCAGUGAUUCCGACAGUGAUAGCGAGGAUAGCGACGAUGGCAAAAGCAAGAAAGCAAAUCCAGUAAAGGUUACUCCAGUUGCGAAUGUUCUCCAGAAAGUUGUUGCCAAGAAAGCCGCUUCUUCAUCUUCCGAUUCCUCUGACGACGAAAAGAAGCCAGCUGCCAAACCAACUCCAGCUAAACCUACUCCAAAGCCUGUUGUCAAGAAGGCCGAGUCCUCUUCGGAUUCAAGCGAUGACGAGAAGAAGCCAGUUGCCAAGCCAGCACCAGCUAAAGCAACUCCAAAGCCUGCUGCCAAGAAGGCCGAUUCAUCUUCUGAUUCUUCUGAUGAUGAAGCUCCAGCGAAAAAGACUCCAGCUAAAGCUGCUCCAAAGCCUGUUGCCAAGAAGGCCGAGUCCUCUUCGGAUUCAAGCGAUGACGAGAAGAAGCCAGCUGCCAAGCCAACGCCGGCUAAAGCUACUCCAAAGCCUGUUGCAAAGAAGGCCGAAUCCUCUUCGGAUUCAUCCGAUGACGAGAAGAAACCAGUUGCCAAGCCAGCACCAGCUAAAGCUACUCCAAAGCCUGUUGCCAAGAAGGCCGAGUCCUCUUCGGAUUCAAGCGAUGACGAGAAGAAGCCAGCUGCCAAGCCAACGCCGGCUAAAGCUACUCCAAAGCCUGUUGCAAAGAAGGCCGAAUCCUCUUCGGAUUCAUCCGAUGACGAGAAGAAACCAGUUGCCAAGCCAACAUCAGCUAAAGCAACUCCAAAGCCUGCUGCCAAGAAGGCCGAUUCAUCUUCUGAUUCUUCUGAUGAUGAAGCUCCAGCGAAAAAGACUCCAGCUAAAGCUGCUCCAAAGCCUGCUUCCAAGAAGGCCGAAUCCUCUUCGGAUUCAUCCGAUGACGAGAAGCCAGCUGCCAAGUCAACACCGGCUAAGAUCACUCCAAAGCCUACUGCCAAGAAGGUCGCCUCCUCAUCUUCUGAUUCCUCCGACGACGAGAAAAAACCAGCUGCCAAGCCAACUCCAGCCAACGCUACUCCAAAGCCUGUUGCCAAGAAGGCCGAGUCCUCUUCGGAUUCAAGCGAUGACGAGAAGAAACCAGUUGCCAAGCCAACAUCAGCUAAAGCAACUCCAAAGCCUGCUGCCAAGAAGGCCGAUUUAUCUUCUGAUUUUUCUGAUGAUGAAGCUCCAGCGAAAAAGACUCCAGCUAAAGCUGCUCCAAAGCCUGCUUCCAAGAAGGCCGAAUCCUCUUCGGAUUCAUCCGAUGACGAGAAGCCAGCUGCCAAGUCAACACCGGCUAAGACCACUCCAAAGCCUACUGCCAAGAAGGCCGCCUCCUCAUCUUCUGAUUCCUCCGACGACGAGAAGAAACCAGUUGCCAAGCCAACAUCAGCUAAAGCAACUCCAAAGCCUGCUGCCAAGAAGGCCGAUUCAUCUUCUGAUUCUUCUGAUGAUGAGGCUCCAGCGAAAAAGACUCCAGUUAAGCCAACUCCAGUCAAGAUUGUAGCGAAGAAAGUUGAUUCGUCUUCUGAUUCAUCCGAUGAUGAGAAGAAGCCUACAAAGGCAACUCCUGUCAAAGUCACCCCGAAGUCAGUUACAAAGAAAGCAGCAGCAUCGUCUUCGGACUCAUCCGAUGAUGAAAAGAAACCAGUGGUGAAACAAACUCCUAACGUUGUCCCGAAAAAAGAGAAAGCGGCUUCAAGUUCAGAUGAUUCUUCUGACGAUGAAAAGAAGCCGACUGCCAAGCCAACACCAAAAGCUACUCCUAAGCAAUCUGCCAAAAAAGCUGAUUCAUCCGAUGAUUCUUCUGAUGACGAGGCACCGGCUAAGAAGACACCAGCCAAGUCAACACCUGCAAAAACCGCUGUGAAAAAAGAAGCCUCUUCAUCGUCAGACGAUUCUUCGGAUGAUGAGAAAACGAAAAAGAAGUCUGCCACCACACCAGCAAAAUCAACUCCAAAGACUGCACUAAAGAAAGCUGAAUCUUCUGAUUCCUCUGAUGACGACGAAGAUCUUCCAAAACCAUCUAAGGCUGUCACUCCAAGACCACAACGUGCUGACUCUGAAGAAUCCGCCGAGACCGAGGAGAGCAGUUCAAGAACACCGGCUUUGAAGGCAAAACCAUUGGCUACCUCGACUGAAAAGGCGGUCUAUGAAAACCGAAAAAGAAAGUCUUCACCAUUCCGACGCGUGCAAAUGACAAAGGAUAGCGUUUCUGAAAAAUUUAGAAACAACCAGCAUGAUUCGCACUUCGAUCAAUGGGGACAGCGUGCCAAUGAAAGCCUAGGAAAAGUUGUUGGAAAAGCAUUCCGUCAUGAGAAAACUAAGAAGAAGAAGGGAAGCUACGGAGGUGGUCCAAUCAACCAAUCUAUUAAUUCUAUCAAGUUCUCUGACUCUGACGAUUAGUUUCUUAACUUUAUCCUUAAGUUAAUUUGUUUCCAAAAUUGUUUCUCACCCCCGUCUACACUUCGUUUUUUAUCUGUUGUCUGUUGCUUUCCUUUUUGUUUCCCCUUUAAAUUUAUAAUCCUGAGUUGAUCCAAAACAAAUGUUUUGUAUACUUUUGUUACUUCAAAUAUAACUUGUUAUGUUUCCGUUUUUCUCCCUCUUGUCUCAUCCAUAAAAUGUUUGGUCC